AUGACAGCCACUACACGAGCUGGAAGCAAGCGCGCAGCUGGCGAGGUUACAGAUGCCGCUACACCUACCUGGGAACCCAAAAGGCCUUUCAAGAAUAUUGCAACGGCUGCGAGUAGUAAAGAGCCCGCCACAGAAGACCCACAGUGCUUCCGCUUCCUCGAUCUUUCUCCAGAUACUGACGCCACUCAGAGCUACGAAAUAGAGUGUACGAAUAUGCCAAAGAAGAUGACACUCGACAGUUCGCUCUACAUCCGAUAUACUCCUACCUUCACCUCAAGUCGUAUUCCAAGGGUCUGCAAGCAAGUUCGCGCGGAGUAUCGUCCGAUUUGGGUCCAGGAUCUUCGUGUCGGAUUCGCAUCAACUUGUGGAGUGACACUUUUCGCUGAUACAUUUCUGCAUUAUGGGAGCGGAACCAACCAUAUGCCUAAGCUAGUGCAGUUCUCGUGGGCUCAUGGUCACGACAACGAGAAGUCCUUUGAUUUGAUGCCUAUACUACGUCUACAUGCGCGAUCUCCAUCAUUACGGACUGAAUUCGUUCCACAACUGAUUGCUCAAGGCGGAUAUACUGUGGACGACGACAUGUGCAGAAGUUGCUCAAAUCAGAUCCGCGAUUAUGAUUCUAUAUCUGACUUCGAGAACUGCGAAUGUCCAGAUUACGAUUGGACCCACGAUGAGUGGUCGGCUUUCAAGUUUGAACAGAUGGAAUAUACACACAGCAUACGAAACUUCAUCCACAACCCAAACAAGUCUUGGCUUGAAGCAAUACGAGAGGACAAGAUGACGGUAACAUGUGCAAUUAAUGAGGAGAGUUGCCAAGGUACCUUUAGGAUUCUCUGCAGAGAACCAAUCUGUCAGACAACCACCAAAUCUCAACCAGCUUUGGACUUACUGGAGCAAUGGGGGAUUUUCGAUCUUGACGUUAAGAAAUGUACGGUGUUUGUGAUGGCUUAUGAAGAUGAACAGAUUACGGAGAGGAAUGGACGGAAGAUCACCAACUCGGUUGUGCGCGAAGUUCGCGUUCACAAGGUACCCACAAAAGACCAGGCCGCUUCGUCCAUCUAA